CCAGAAAUCACUUCCGGAGACAGUUUACCUUCUCUCUGCCAGGCUUCUUGUGUUGUGUCUUCUACAAAAUUAACAAAAAUGGGUAAAGGUUUCAAUAACUACAUGACUAAAAAGUUCUUUCAUCCUGCAAGCAAAGACAAUAUAAAACGGGUAUGGAUGGCUCAGCAGAAAACAGAAUAUGAAAAGAAGAAGCAAGAAGAGCUGAUGACUCAGUAUCAGAAAGAGCAAGAAAUGCUGAGUAACAGGGCACUUUUGGGUGAUGAAAAGGCCAAGGCUGGUCUAAGCUUUCUGUAUGAUGCCCCUCCAGGGCUAAAAAAGAAAGAGAAGGAAGACAAUGAGCCUGAAUAUAAGUUUGAAUGGCAGCGAAAGUACAAUGCUCCUCGUGAAGCAUUUGCAAAAGGAGAUGAAACUAUAAGUGACCAACCAUUUGGGAUAGAGGUUCGCAACAUUCGUUGCAUCAAGUGUCGACAGUGGGGUCAUGUUAACACAGACAAAAUUUGUCCUCUUUUUGGAAAAAAUCUUACUGCAGAACCACCACAACCAGCAACAAGCACAUCAAGUCUUUUGGAGGGAUUGAAACAAGAUGGAUUCCAGCUGAAACAAACAAUGCUAGGAAGACUGAUGGAAUCUUCUGAUAAAGAAGUAGUAUUAGCAGAUGAAGAUGAAACUGAUCCAGAAGUACAGUUCCUAAAGUCCCUCACACCAAAGCAGAAAAAGAAGCUGCUGAAAAAGUUGAACAAGCUACAGAAGAAGGAUUCAGAGAAAAAGAAGAAACGGAAGUCUAGACACUCAUCUGAUUCAGAUUCAUCAGAUGCACAUCCCAAGCAACUGAAGCGCAAGUCAGAUGAAUCUCAUCAUUUUGGUAGAAAACAUCCUAGACUAGAGGGCAGGAGUCCACCUGAUGGUAGAGAGUAUAGUAAAUGUGGCACUGAGAGGCGCCAGCUUGCACACGGUGCACACAGCAACAGUGAGUCAGACACCAGUGAGCCUGACAGAUCCAGGACAAACAACAGGUCUGAAAGGAAUCCUAAACUCCACUCAGUCAAACAGGAACACAGCAGUGGAAAACAUGACAGGCAGAAGAGACGUCAGAGGUCAAGGUCUGCGAGCAUUGACAGGGCACCUAAAAAGGGGAGCAGAAAUGAUAAAGACUUAGAGUCUUCUCACAAAGAGAGGAGAUCCAGGCAUUGAUCCAGUACGAAGAAGAGAAGACAUGAGAACAAGAGCAGUGAGUAGUCACGGGGACACAUCAGACUGCAGUAUACAGUUUAGUGGGGAGCAUCCUCAAAACAGAGAGAGUAUUCAUGUUCUUGAGAGCAGAGGGCAUGCAAGGGACAGAAGAAAGAAUACAGUGAAUGAGAUAGAGAUGAGAAGCCCAGAAUAAUCUGUAAUAAAUUUUCUUAGGCUGUGAUUGCAGUAACAAAGCAACAUUUAGCUGUUAAGUAUUUCUAAACAUUGUUGAUGUAAUAAAUGAAUUGUACCUUUCAGUGCUCUUCCGAUUUUUUUUUUAAUGUUCUUUAUUCAGAACAAAGAUGUAGACAAAGCUAGCUGCUUAGACAUAUAUACAUUUACACAAAAACAAUCAGCCACUGGCUUGUCAGUUUAAGCGUAAUUUUUCAGCAGGAAUUUUUUUUUUCAAAAUGUAAUAAAUUGAUGGGACAGUAGAAAAGAUGAGCUUUUCUAACCAAAACAGUUUGUAAUCUGAAACAAGUUUUCACAAAAAGCCACUCACAACGCUUGUGUACCAUUGGUUUAGAAAGGUCUUUGUGCGUUUUCAUUACAUUGUCAUCCACAGCAGUGCAGUCAAGAAGAGCAGUUGAUAAAAGUUGGGUGAGGGGCAGAGGAAGCCAUUUUGACAAUGGCUGUUAUGAUUUCAGAUGACAGGCACCACUAUAAAACAUCUUUAUUCUGGACAACCCGAAGUGAUGAGGCAUCGCAACAAUCAGUAAAUCAGGCUGAAUCUAUUUCAUUGUAGUGUAACCAUCUCUCACAGUGAUAGAGCCUUAGUUGCUGGCAUGACUUAAAACUCAAAAUAACCAUCAUCUGGUUGAAGUUUUGCACCACAGGACCAUUAUACAGAGCAUCUGAAAAUAGUAACAAUUAAAUGUCAACAUUAGCCAGCAGACCAUCUGCAACUACCUGCAUUAGUAUUAGUAUGAUUUGUUUAGCAAAACUGGUCAUCCUUUGAGCAAUGUAUGCCAGCCAAAUAUAGUCUGUGACAGAGUGUUUCAGUUGAAUUUAGUAACGAUUAGAUAACAGAUGUAUUUUGCACGAUUAUCAGUCACCAUUCACUACUUUAUUUCUAAGUUAUGCAUUUGUGUUAUCUUUUGCACAUAUUUUGAGGUGGAUCUUACACAAAAUAACCUGAUAACACUGCUGGACAAAAUAAGCACACUUUAUCACAGAAGGCAAAUGAAUAGAAGAAUAAUUCCCUUUUAUUAUGAGAUAAUAUUGUAAAUGCUCUCAGUAGUAGCAGAAAUUUAUUCUAAUACGGAGUGUGCGGAAAGACAGUUUUUGACAAAUUUUAUUUUGAUUUUUAUGAUUAAAGAAAUGCAAAUUUGUCAUAAUAAAAAAUGUUUACCUUUGCAUAUUAAGGAGCCCGAAUUUACUGUUUUGUUAGUGAUCUUCCUUUCUAUUGUCCAUAGUCAAGUAGAUAGUGAUAAGUUCAAGUGCCAGAGGAAAUAUGUGCUCCUUGUCAAGUGUAGAUUAUCCUGUGUUUCUCCUAUGUAUUGUUAAUACUAUAUUCUUUAUUGAGAUUGAGUGUUGAAAGAGUGCCUGUUCAUUUGCCCAUAUCAUGGUCCUAUGAUUAAAUAUACUUGUUUCUACGACUUUGUGUCUAAAGUACACAUUGUCCACAAAAAGGGCAAUCAUUAAAAUUUUUAAUCACA